AUGGGGAAACCCCACUGGGACCGGGGAGCCGCUGGGAGCCGCUGGGAGCCGCUGGGAGCCGCUGGCAGUCGCUGGGUCCCGGGUCCCGACCGCUCCCGGAUGCAGCCGGGCGAGGCCCCCAGCGGCUCCCUCCCCGGGCCUCCUCCCGGUCCCGCCCCGGGCUGGGGGCGGACGUGGCUGGGUCCCCCCGCCGCCAGCGUGGAAGGGACUGAGCGGUGCCCGCUCUUCAGGGGAAGCCGCCAGGCCCGACCCGCGGCUUCCGCUCCACCGCCGGACGCGGGCGCUACGGGGCGGGGACCCCCCCGCACCCCCAAUGCCCUGACCUACUCCAGGGCGGGCACCACUCCCACCCCGACCCCUCCCACCCCGGACCCCUCCCACCCCGGACCCCUCCCACCCCGGACCCCUCCCCACCCGGAACCCUCCACCCCGGAACCCUCCCACCCCCGGACCCCUCCCAUUCCCGGACCCCUCCCAUCCCCAGAAACCCUCCCACCCCGGGACCCCUCGCAUCCCCCGACCCCUCCCAUCCCCGGACCCCUCCCAUCCCCCCGACCCCCUCCCAGCCAGGACCUCUCCAAUCCAGGACCACUCCCACCCCGGACCCCUCCCAUCCCCAGACCCCUCCCAGCCCGGACCCCUCCCAGCCCGGACCCCUCCCAGCCCGGGACCCCUCCUACCCCCGGACCCCUCCCAUCCCCUGACCCCUCCUAA